GAUUAAUGUGCAAGAGAAAGCGGAACACUUGUUUUAGCCGGGUGAACGCUCACAAGAUGCAAAUGGCGCCUUAAUGGUAUUGUCUUCUGAACUGUAGAAUAGUUAGUUGUUCUUCAAUUAUUUACGGUUACCUUGAGGAGUGUUUGAACAGAACGCAGUGGGACAUCGUUUAUCGUUGGACAAAUAUAUAAACAUAAAAUAAUUACAGAGUUUUGAAUACGUGACGAAUGUGCAAGCAAGCUGUGACAGUCCUCCUGAUUCGGCUUACGACAAGAUAAUACGCCAGUAUAUAUUUUUUGCAUUUUCUUGUGUGCUUUGCCAGUCUGGAUCAACGAUGAAUGGCGAUGGUCCAACCGCCCUUCCAAGUGGGCUAACACCUUCGCCUUCAAUGAACUCGACCCGAGAAACAGACACAACAACCAAUCCAAGUGUCUUCAAGACAGCCAAGAUCGUAUUCUACUUCCUUAUUCUCGUCUUGAGUACUUUUGGCAACGGCAUGUUGAUUUAUAUUAUUUGUUCGACGCGAAAGAUGAGAACUGCCACCAAUUACUUAAUCUUCAACCUGGCAGUCUGCGAUUUUUUGACUCCGAUUUUUAGCAUCCCGUUUGACUUUGCUCUUGAAGAGAACAAUUACAAGUGGUUCUACAGGGGUUUUCUUUGUAAGUUUAUUUAUCCAGCAGCGACGUUUACCGUCACUUCCUCCGCGUUGAGCUUGGCUGUAAUUUCUUUGGAUCGCUACAGAAUCAUUAUGCACCCAUAUAAAACACGUCUGACGUUGAAGCAGAUCUUAUACUCGAUCGGCGGCUUACAUAUUUUCUYAGCGGCAUGUGUGGCUCCAUACAGCUACGUUCUACGCUUAGAUGGUGAUCAGUGUAGAGAGGUGUGGGGAAAGUUCGCAUACAGACAAGCUUAUACUGCGUUUCUUUUUCUUGUGCAGUACGCUCUUCCACUGCCCUUCAUGACUGUCAUGUAUACCCUAGCGUUGGUCAAUCUAUAUCAUUCGUCUGGGAGAACUCAAAAAAUGAGAUCCCCAAAUCCACUCAAAUCGGCCAGAACUAAUAAUAACGCCGAUCCCAAGCACUGGAAAAAUUCAACGAAAAAACCCCGACCCUUGUUGCGAUCGGUUAGUUUUCGCAACAAGUCGCUAGUCCAGGAACGCACCAAUGCGAAUAUUCGAGCAACUAAAAUGUUUAUAACAGUCGUCAUAGUAUUUGCCAUUUUCAUGCUUCCGAAUCAAGUCGUUUGGUUGUGGUCAGACUUUGGUGGUGGUCACAAAAGCAGCAUUUUUGGGAUGAUAGUGAUUACAUGUUGGCUUUUUACCUACGCCAACUGCGUCAGUAACCCCAUCAUUUUUGCACUUUUUAGUCCAGACUUUAGGUAUGGAUUUCUGAAGCUAUGCAAAAAGUCAAACAGUAGCUAUCUUGGUUCAUCUGGUAGUUUCAACAGGGGGAAUUCGACGCGUCGUUCCCCGAGCGCGAAUGAUACAAAAACGCAAAUAAAACUGGCGAGUGGUGCGAGUACAGAUGUCGUGACGGGGCACACUUUAACCGUGAUGUGCUAUAAGGCAACUACCUACUGCUGAUCCAAACAAAUCUCUUACCGUCAUUUUCAUAAACAUGCGCGCGAACUCGAUAGUUUGCGAGCUGCACACUGAAAUUUGUUCUGAUUAGUUUUGACUGAUGGCAGAGGAAAAGCCAAAUUUCAGCGUACAGCUCUUUUUUACUGAUUUCGCAUAUUUAUGAAAACGGUAUUAACCAGUCAUCAUUUAGUUUUUUUUUCUUGACUUUAAAAAGAGAAGAAGAAAUCGCGCAUUAGACACAGCUCAGUAAAUAAAACGCUCGUUGGGAUUAAUAAUUAAAAAUAGAAACCUCAAUGAUUGCUCUUAGCAAAAGGGCUGGUAAUGGUUUUUAUGCAUGCAUUUGACUGUUAUGGCUUGGUAAAUUUAAUAUCUUUACCAGCAGGGAAUGGUCUCCUACUAAGGUAGUUUUAUCAUAUAUAUUUUAUACUGAUUGACAUUGCUUAUACUCACGAUAAAAUAAAUAAAAAAUCCUUCUUAA